AUGGAGUACGCGUUUGGCUUUGGCAGAUUGAGUGAGAAAGGUGACUUUUGGCUGGGCAACAACAAAACUUACGCACUGACGUCUCAGAAGAGAUACAAACUCCGCAUUGAAAUGACGUACUUCGAUUACGUCUCACAUCCGGGAACUUACGUGGCAGAGUACAGCACUUUCCAGUUGGAAGAUGCCUCUAACCUUUUCCGACUUAAGAUCGGCGGCUACAACGGCACAGCCGGAGACUCUAUGUACAACACCCCGGAGUCAUUUGGCAAACUAAACGGCAAAGCAUUCGGCACGUACGACAGAGACAGUGGCAAGUGCGCUUACGACUACGGCGGCGGCUGGUGGUGGGACAGUUGCUACUACGGCGCCCUGAACAACCGGUACGGGAACGAUGACGCAUGCCAGAAGACGUGGCAGUGCAUAACAUGGGGCACUGUACACAAGGAUGACCCUAUCAAGACCACCGUGAUGAAACUGAUCCCUUUGUAGAUAUGAUACAGAGACUGAGU